AUGGUGGUCAUUAGGACACUGCAGCGAGAUGUGGGCCCGAUGCUAUGGGGCCCCACCUGCCGCUGUGGGACGGCCGCCUGGCGCGGCCAGCCCCUGGGCACCUCCUCUAGGCAAAUUCCAGCAGAUACCAACUUCCACUCUGCCUCUUUCUCCAAGGCAGACCAGCCACGUGUCUUAAUUACAGGGGGUCUUGGUCAACUUGGAGUGGGGCUUGCUAACUUUUUAAGGAAACGAUUUGGGAAGGACAACGUGAUUUUGUCUGACAUAAGGAAGCCCUCGGAUCAUGUGUUCCGUAGUGGCCCAUUUAUAUAUUCCGACAUCCUGGAUUACAAGAAUCUUCGAGAGAUUGUGGUAAACCACCGCAUCACCUGGUUGUUUCAUUAUGGCGCUUUGCUCAGUGCGGCUGGAGAAGCAAAUGUACCCUUGGCAAGAACCGUAAAUAUCACUGGAUUGCAUAAUGUUCUGGAUGUUUCCGUGGAACACAAUUUGCGAUUGUUUGUGCCCAGCACAAUUGGAGCUUUCGGACCCUCUUCUCCCCGGAACCCAACCCCUGAUCUUUGCACGCAGAGACCCAGGACCAUCUACGGGGUGUCCAAGGUCCACGCCGAGCUCAUGGGAGAAUAUUAUCAUUACCGGUAUGGGUUAGAUUUCCGAUGCCUGAGAUAUCCUGGUAUCAUUUCAGCUGACUCCCAACCUGGAGGAGGGACAACGGACUACGCCAUCCAGAUUUUCCAUGACGCUGUAAAGAAUGGCAAAUUUGAGUGCAACCUGAAACCCAGCACAAGGCUGCCGAUGAUGUACAUCGAUGACUGCCUCAGGGCCACCCUGGAAGUCAUGCAGGCUCCGGGUGAGGCCCUCUCCAUGAGGACCUAUAACGUCAAUGCCAUGAGCUUCUCCCCCGAGGAACUAGCCCAGGAGGUUCUCAAGCACAUACCAGAGUUCCAGAUCGUGUACAACGUGGAUUCUGUCCGACAGGACAUAGCGGAUAGUUGGCCACUGAAUUUUGAUGACAGCAAUGCUCGGAAGGACUGGGGAUGGAAACAUGAUUUCGACCUUCCAGAGCUGGUGACGACAAUGUUGAACUUCCAUGGUUCUGUUAGUAGAGUUGCCCAAGCUAACUGA